GUGCUUUCUUUUAAAUUGAUAGAUAGGAUCGAGCAUGAGUAUCGAAACAUUGCUGGAAGCUGCGAGGUUUUUGGAAUUACAGGCGCAACAACAGAAAACACGUGAAGAGUAUGAGAGACGGGAUGAGCUGCCGUUUGAGAGAGGGGCGGAGCGCAGGAAAGCCGACGUGGAGAGGGUCAACAAUGUGCUGCGGGGCGAGGGGGUCAAGCCUGAGGUGCAGGCCGCCCCGGCCUUGCUGGUGCAGAAAGCCUUGCCUCCCCCCGCUACAGUCGCCGCCACCACCACGGUGGUGGUGUCUCACGUGGUCAUCCCCGCGCCGACCCUCUCCCCGCUCCCCCACCAGCCGGCGGCAACGGCGGCGGCACACAGCCCCGGCAACACCGGCUCCCCGCCCCUGCUCCACCCCUCCCCCGCCGCGCCCGCCUUCACCGACCCCCAUCCCGGUCCCACCCCGGUGGGCAACCCGCCCUCCCAGCACCUCCAGAGCUCGGUGCUGACUAUCCCACCCCACCACUUCAUCCAGCAGUCGCCCCUCCCCCAGCAGCCCGGCUCUCUCAAGCCCUGCCCCCUGGACGAUGGGAAGCCCCAAGAUCAAAGGCGGAGGCCCGGAGGGGCAGGGACGCGGGAGGUGCACAAUAAACUGGAGAAGAAUAGGAGGGCUCACUUAAAGGAAUGUUUUGAGACAUUGAAAAAGAACAUUCCCAAUCUGGAUGAGAAGAAAACUUCAAACCUCAGUGUUUUGCGGAGUGCCUUGCGAUACAUCCAGACUUUGAAAAGGAAAGAGAAGGAAUACGAGCACGAGAUGGAGCGCCUUGCGAGGGAGAAAAUUGCCUCUCAGCAUCAGUUAGCGGAGCUGAAGAAGGAGCUGAGCCAGCGGAUGGAUGUUAUUGAAGUGGAUCGCAUUCUCCGUCAGGCAGUGCAACUGGAGGACGAUCAAUGCUCUACCUCAACUGCCUCCGAGGGCGAAGAUAACGUUACUGAUGAUAUUGAGGACACGAGGCCCAUGAACGCACUGGCCAGAACGUCGCACCAGGAGCUGCUGAACGCCGGUUCUUCUUCUUCCACCACCAUGGCCGCUGGCCCGUCGCCGCUGCUGACUCAGCACUUGUCCCUGCAGCAGAAGCAGGGCCCCAGCCCGGCGGCGCAGGUUCAGAUCCAGCCGCAGGCCUUGUUGCCGGCGCAGACUCACCUGGUGGCGGCCACGGCCCUGCAGCCCACGGUGAUCGCCCACGCGGCCGGCGCAUCUCACGCCUCCGUCAUCCAGGCAGCGGUGAACCACCACCACCACCACCACCUCCACCAACACAACACCAACACCAACACCAACACCAACCAACACCAGGGGAAGCACGUGGCCCACAUCGCCCCGGCAACCGUGCAGCUCGCCGCCGCCACCACCACCACCACCGGUCACAUCACCGUGCACCGCGCAUCCCUGGCGCACCUGCCCCACCUGUGCCCGCAGCCGCUGGGGGUGAACCAGCCCGCCGUGGGUCACCUCGCGCACGCACACGCCACCGUCACCCACCAGCAGGUCAACGGCGCCCCUCCGGCCGGCACGGCCCCCGUGGCAACGAAACAGGUGGCCGGGGCCCAGGUGGUGCACCAGCAGCUGGUCGGGCAGCCUCUCCUGAACCCUGUCACCAUGGUGACCAUGCCCUCUUUCCCCAUCAGCACUUUGAAGCUGGCCUGAACCUGAACUUUGACCCCAGGAGCAGCUGCCCCCUCCCCCCUUCACUCCUCGACUUCCAUUCUUACUCCUACACAUUCCGAACGGCAGGUCACGAGCACGAGAUGUAUCGGUGACUCGGGUGGGGGGGGAAGGGAGGGGUGGAGUGCGGAUUCCGAUGGGAGAAGGCUGGCACAGUCGGAAUAUCACACGGCUCCAAGCUGGCAGAAGGAACUGAAUCCACGAGAGAACUGCAGACGCCGGCUUUGCAGAGAAAAAGACGCACAAAGUGCUGGAGUAACUCUGGGGCAGGCAGCAGCAUCUCUGGAGGGCGCGGGUGGAUAGGUGACCUUUCCGGUUGGGACCCUUCCUCAUAGGCAAUAUGGACAGGCAAAAUUCCUCGGAUCCGAAACGUCUUCUAUUCUCUGGAGAUGCUGCCUGAGAGCUACCACUGUACCUUGUGUGUCUUUUAACGGGAAUCGGACGCACCCUGCACAGUUGUAGCUGCUGAGCAGAGCAGUCUGAGCUGUACUGAGCAACCUUUGUGUGUGCGUGUGUGUGUAUGUGUGUGUGCAUGUGUGUGUGUGUGUGCGUGCACUUUGUUGUUGGUGAAUUUACAAAAAGACAUGUUGGUAAGACUUUGCUCUCAUUUUUUUCCUCGCUUCCCUGACCAGAAAUAUAAUCUGGAUGGGUACCUUUGCGAUUGGGAAUGGAGAGAGAGAGAGAGAGAGGGAGAGGGCGAUAGAUAGAUAUAUAGAUGGAUAGAGAGAGAGAGAGGGAAAGAGAGAGAGAGAGAGAGAGAGAGAUAGAUAGUGAGUGAGAGGGAGGGAGAGAAAAAAGAGAGUGAGUGAAAGAGAAGGGAAUAGUUGUAUGAAAAUGAAAAUGAAAAUGGCCUCGGUAGAGUUGAGUUUUACAACCGGUAGGUUCAAUAUACAUGGUAAUUCAUGGCCACAACAUGUUGAGUGCAUGCAUGCACGUGUGCAUGUGCGUGCGUGUGCGUGUGAUGGAAUGUGUGGGCUGGUGGGCAGGGCCGCAGACCUAACAUGUACUGCAAGAGGUCAGAAGCCAAACUAGGCCCCAUGCCCCCAGCUUUCUGAAUAUAUUUCUCAAGUUAUCUUGUGAGGACCAAUUUUUUUUUUUUUUUAAGAUGAAUUGUUGUGGUCUUUGCAUAAAAUGCACCUUGUGGACAAAAUUGGCUGCAACCACAGCAACAAACAAAGGCGGCCGCAGGCUGCCCCAAGUUCUGGGCCCGAUGACAAGAUGGCGGCCGGGGAAGGGAGAGGAUGCUGAUCAUGUGACCCAGUCCCAUUGUGUCGUCUCUGUGGGUCCCAGCGGUUUACUGAGCUUAAAGUGAGUUUAUGUCAAUGAACUGUUUUAAGGCUGGCAUCAUUACUGUGUGUGCUACAAAUGAAAUGUCUUUCAUAUGGGGACCUUUUUUCUUUUAAUUUAAAAGUCUUUUGCAAUAAAGUUUUCUGCUUUCUUUGAUUUAGGCCCAGAAUACAGUCUGAUUUGACUAAAACUCGAUUGAAUAUACCCAUGAUGCUGAGGCUAAAAUAUGCCCAGCCUCGAUGACCAGCGAGGCAGGAUGGGGCAGCGGUAGAGUUGCUGCCUCACUGCGCCAGAGACCCAGGUCGGAUCCUGACCACGGUGCUGUCCGUGCAGAGUUUGUACGUUCUCCCCGUGACCUGCGUGGGUUUCCUCUGGGUGCUCCGGUUUCCUCCCACACUCCAAAGACGAGCAGGUUUGUAGGUUAAUUGGCUUUGGUAAAAAGUUAUGUUGUUCCUAAUGUGUAGGCUAGUGCUAAUGUACUGGGUCAGCGCGGACUUGGUGGGCCGAAUGGCCAGUUUCCGUGCUGUAUCUCUUAACUAAACUAAGACUCUUUCUGAAGAUUCUGCAAUGAUAAAAGUCUCUUUGACUACGGAUCAGGGGUGUGCUUUACCAAGUGUGUGUAGGUGAAAUAAAAUCCUGCCACCGAGCUUUGUACUGACACCUCCGUUUACGUCAUUCACACUUAGCAUAGCCCCUUUUAAAAGUUUAAAUAUAUAUAUAUAUAUAAAUAGAUCUCAGGUAUUUUCAGUGUGGCUCCAAUCAUGAAUUUCUCAGAUGAAUUUGUUUUCUUAAAUCACGGUGAAAUUAUUUGAAAAAGAUAUGCUGUGCACUGGCCGAGUGAAAGGACACAGUCACGAUCUUUGAAAAUCAGGACUGGUUUCCUCAGAACGAAUCUCUACACAAAAUGAUGGAGUAACUGCGGGACAUGCAGCAUCUCUGGCGAAAAGGAAUGGGUGACGUUUUAGGUUGGGACCCUUCUUCAGACUCGGAUGCACGGUGUCACUGAUUUAGUUGUUCGGGGGGGGUGGGGGUGCAGAAUUUUGCAGAGGAAAGUUGAAGUGGAAGGUUUGUCACUGCUGUGGUCUCAAUACUGUGAUCGGGUGUCUCAGUGCUGGUGUGGUACGGAUAGAGUUAUCUUGUUUCUUUUUCUCUAAGCUGUGUGCUGUGUGUCCGAUGCUUCACUUCACUUGCAGGUAUUCUAUCUGUCCCAGUCACUCACUGACAGGUUACAAAUAGUAAAAACCAGCUUGGGUUGCAGCCCCAGCCGUAGACCAAGCUACUGUUCCGGGCAACGUUUUGGAUCAGGGCCCUUCUUCAGACCGCAAGCAGCUUAGAGGCUCAGCGAUAGAGUGCCAGAGACCUGGGUUCGAUCCUGACUACGGGUGUUGUCUAUACAGAGUUUGUACGUUCUUCCUGUGACCGCGUGGGUUUCCUCUGGGUGCUCUGGUUUCCUCCCACACUCCAAAGACGUACAGGUUGCAGGUUAAUUGGCUUUGGUUAAAAUUGUAAAUUGUCCCUAGAGUGUAGGAUAGUGCUAAUGUACUAGGGUGUUAAUGAACCGGGUGGGCCAAAGGACCUGUUUCCGCGCUGUAUCUCCAAACUAAACCACAGUCCUUAUGUUCUCAGCUUAAUUAAGAGAUAGGUAACAAGAAUCUUCUUCAUUCUGAAGAUGGGUCUCAGCCCGAAAUAUAAUCUCUCCACGUUCUCAAUAGAGAACGAUAUCUAUCCACGAUAGAUGAUGUUUUGGCUUGAGACUCUUCUUCAAACUGAAGAGAAGGGUCGCGACCCGAGGCGUUGCCUAUCCAUGUCCUCCAGAGAUGCUGCCUGACCCACUGAGUUACUCCAGCAGCUUGUGGCCUUAUAUUCUUUAAGCUGAUGCAUCCAUACCACCCCAGGAACUGCACUAACAACACUAAACACUUGUUGGGUCUUAAGAAUCUGUCAUAGAGUCAUAUAACCGGGACGCAGACCCUUUGGCCCAGCUUGUCCAGGCUGACCAAGGUGCCCAGCUACGCUAGUUCCACUUUCCUGCGUCAGGCCCACCUCUCUCUAAACCUUUCCUAUCCAUGCACCUGUCUUUUAAAUGUCAAUGUGUAUUUUUUUGUGACUAUUAUUUGAGCUGCAAUCCAUGUGCAUUAUCACAGCUCCGUAUUCACCCACGUGCUCGUUUUAAUGCUGUUCGUCUCGAGUUACGACUCACAGAACAAACGCGCAGACAGUGGCAGUACUGAGUAAGCUUAGCUGAGGAUUUAGUUUAGUUUGGUUUAGUUUAUUGUCACGUGCACCGAGGUACAGUGAAAAGCUUUCACAGUGAAAGGUUCACUCUCGAUCCUUGCCACUGCCUCGGCCCCGGCCCCGUUUAAUUGCAACUAAAGUACCAUUCCCGAAUGAUUCUGCCACACAAUGUGGUGAUAUUUCAAACAGAAGAUAUAUUUUUGCAAAAUUGUUGGCUGCUUUUUAAAAAAACCAAAACAAAUUGUUACAGUUUUAUAAGCUCUGGCUGCUUAAAGGGCCUGUCCCACUGUACGAGCUAAUUCAAAGAGUUCUCCCGAGUUUCCCCUGAUUCGAACUCGGAGAUUUGCGGUAAUAGCCGCUCGUAGGUACUCGGGGCUCUCGUGGACAUUUUUCAAC